AUGAAAACUGUUUGCUUGCCUGCUUACUUCAAGCUUCUCUCUUUUCUGUCUGCUAUAGCUGUGACAUCUGGAGCAGCUGUUGACUCAGUCAAUGGCUGUCUCUUAGGAUCAAACUGCCCACCAACACCACCACCACCACCACCACCAACAACAACAACAUCACCAACACCAACACCAACAUCAACAAUACCAUUAACACCAUUAACACCGGCAAAUGAGACAAUUUUUCUUUCAACCAUUAUUGAGCCUGGGCAAGGCAAGGUUUGGGCGCAAGUAGAUAGGAUUGAUCCUGAACCAUAUUAUGUGAAAUGGGUCCCUGAUCCAGAGUUUGCCUCGCCUGUUGUACUGCACAAUAACACAUCGCUUGUCUUCAUUGAUGGAGAACAAUCUUUUUAUCUCAACUUCGAUAACAGCACCUCUGACACGGGUAUUUAUUUUGUGAACCUUUACUCUUCUGCUGGUAUUAGUCAACUCUACACGGAUAAUGACCACAAGUUGCUCUGGGGUGGAGCUCAACAAGAGCGGGAUGGCUGGAUGUGGUGCUUCAUGGACGAUCAACAAUACCGCAUGUUCUAUUUUGACAGCGAAUUCGUUGGUCCUCCAAGGGAUUGUGGCCUCUCCUCUGUCUUUUUGACAGAGCGCCCGAGUUGA